AUGGCUGCUUGUCAUCUCCGUUCCAUCAGUUUACCUUCCAGAUCUCAUCCUCUAGUUGUCGCUACUGAGGAGCAAUUUUACAAAUUGAAGGCAUCACAGUCCUCAUCCAUGAGCUACAAAUUGAAUGGCCUAAAGAAUUUGUUUGAGUGCAUUGAUGGUUUGCUUCAACUGCCACAGGCCCAACAGACUCUCUUCCAUGAAAGGCAAAGCCAGUGUGUAGAAAAUGCAUUGAAUGGAUCUUUGGAGCUAUUGGAUUUGUGUGAUUCCACAAGAGAUUUUUUAUCACAGAUGAAGGAAUGUGCGCAGGAACUUGAAUUAUCUCUCCGUAGAAGGAAAGGCAAAGACUCUGGCAUGACAACUGAAGUUGAUGCUUACAUGGUAUCCAGAAAGAAGUUGAGCAAAGUUGUUUGCAAAUGUCUAAGAAAUUUGAAGAGAAAGGAGAGGAAUUGCACAGCAGCAGCCUUGGACAAAAACUCCAACUUGAUAAACAUGAUUGGCAUGCUAAAAAGAGUUCAAGAAAUUAGUCUUGAGGUGUUCAAGUCAAUCUUAUCUUUCAUUUCUCAGCCAAAGGCAAAAUCAAAGCCCUCUGGCUGGUCUAUCAUCUCAAAAGCAUUGCAAUCCAAGCGCAUAUCAUGUGAAGUGGAAAUUGAAGUAAAUGAAGUAGAGAAGAUUGAUGCUGAAUUGCUUAUCUUGAAAUCAAGCAAAGACAUCAGUAUUUCACAACUUCAAAACCUUCUUAAAGGAUUAAAGGCUUUGGAUUCAAGCAUUCAAGAAGCUGAGGAGGAGCUAGAAUGCAUCUAUAGGCAAUUGGUGAAAACUAGAGUUUCCCUUUUAAACAUUCAGAAUCAUUAG